CCUGCCUGUAUAAAGUUUCUUCCGCGCGGCCGUUUGUCACGCCUUGAAGACAUAGAUAUUUGAAUCAGCACCGCAACGCAUACACACAGUACAGAAACAAGAAAACAUUCACAGUUAGCUCUGUAUCCACUUUGCCAUCGGCUUUAGUGGACAGACAUCUCACAGCGUCAACUCUAAGUUCAUAGGAAAGUGGACAGACAUCGAACACAAUAAUUCACUCAAAUCCCUUUACUUACGAAACCUUCACGAUUUAAACAGAUCAGUUCAUCAUGUUUUCCAAAGCCCAGUUCUUGUUGAUAGCCUUGGUGCUGCCGGCCAUAUGUACGUGUGCAAGUCUAGGAGAAAAGUUUGAAAACAACGAAGACAAAACCUCGCAGGGUGCAAAGCGAGAUUCCGGCAACCCAUUUGAGAGGGGCGGCCAGGUCGGGGACAAAUUUCAACCCUGGGAGGACUGGAUGAACAAACGCGGCUUCGGUUUGGUCGGUGCAGACGACAGAUUUGGAACCGUUGACAGGAACGUCCUCCAAGGAUGGAACGACUGGAUGUCGAAGAGAACUGGCGACGACCAGUGGAAUUCCUGGGAUUCUAGCCGAUACCCACCAGGUUUCGGUGCCGGCAGCCAAUAUCAGAGAUGGGACGACUUCGUUAAGCGUCAGUACCCAUUCAUGCCUACGGGCCUGAACGGCCUGAGCAGGUCCAACUACCAAUCUUGGCAAGACUGGAUGAAGCGAGGGGGUGUCGGUGAUCUGGGAGCUUUCGGCUACGGCGGUUAUGGAAACAACGACCUGUUAAUGAGCUGGGAAGAUUUGUCUAAACUGAAUAAGCGAUAUCAGUGGUUCGGUGUUCAACCUUUCAACUCAUUUCGUCGACCCUACUCUAAUGGGCUUCAAGACUGGAGAGCCACCACAUACGGAGUGAAGAGAUCUACAGAAGAGAACGAGAAAACUGAGAAUUAAGCCACAAAGGAAGAACCCUGGCGCUGCCUUACGUUUGGAGUUUUGUUUAUUGACUGAAAGUAGAAUGGGGAAAGGGCUGGGUGAGGAGGGGGGGUGUUCAAGUUUUUAAGAAAAUUUGAAGCAAGAAUUCUGCAAACUUUCUUUUCUUGCACAAAGUUUUAAGUUCUUAUACACAUUCUGCAUGAAAAAAAAAGGACAUUGGAUUGUGUUACGUAACAUGGAGAUUCUAUAUAGGUCAAGUAGCCGGGUGUUUUUUGAAGUUGACUUUCAAAUCUAUUUUUAUAGUUCAUAUACCUUUCAUUUUGAGAUUCCAUUUUAUGAAUUUGUUUCUACAUGUUUGAUAACUUAGCAGAAUAACAAACAAACACAAUAUCAUGCACUUUAAUUUUCUAGUAUGUUAUUCCUUUUUUAUCCCACAAAACAUCUUACAAUAAACAAAUUUCAUCUUGUUAUAAAACUC